AUGCAAUUGAAAAUACAUAGAAAAUCUACAAGGUGCACAGAGGAAUGUGGCCGAGCAUCACGUAGUGAAUACUGUCAGGGUCCGCUGCCGUGGAGUUGUAGGGAGCGGGGAGGACAAGGUGGACUCAGAAAGGAUGAUGAGAUUGUUGUUAAGGAGUUGAAGGCGAGUAUGAAAGUCCAAGAGAAACCAGAGACCAACACCUGGUCCUCCUCUAUAGAUAUAGAGGAGGACCACCUCUAUAGAGCUGUCGAUACUAGAUUACUCAGACCAAGAAGUAGUCACAAGAAAGCGGCCCCUGUGAGCGCGGCCCCUGUGAGCGCGGCCCCUGUGAGCGCGGCCCCUGUGAGCGCGGCCCUUGUGAGCGCGGCCCUUGUGAGCGCGGCCCCUGUGAGCGCGGCCCCUGUGAGCGCGGCCCCUGUGAGCGCGGCCCCUGUGAGCGCGGCCCCAGUGAGCGCGGCCACUGUGAGCGCGGCCCCUGUGAGCGCGGCCCCUGUGAGCGCGGCCCCUGUGAGCGCGGCCCCUGUGAGCGCGGCCCUUGUGAGCGCGGCCCCUGUGAGCGCGGCCCCUGUGAGCGCGGCCCCUGUGAGCGCGGCCACUGUGAGCGCGGCCCCUGUGAGCGCAGUCACUGUGAGCGCGGCCGCUGUGAGCGCGGCCCCUGUGAGCACUGACCCUGUGAGCGCUGACCCUGUGAGCGCUGACCCUGUGAGCGCUGACCCUGUAAGCACUGACCCAGUGAGCGCUGACCCUGUAAGCACUGACCCUGUGAGCGCUGACCCUGUAAGCACUGACCCUGUGAGCACUGACCCUGUGAGCGCUGACCCUGUGAGCGCUGACCCUGUGAGCGCUGACCCUGUGAGCGCUGACCCUGUGAGCGCUGACCCUGUGAGCACUGACCCUGUAAGCACUGACCCUGUUAGCGCUGACCCUGUGAGCGCUGACCCUGUGAGCACUGACCCAUUGAGCGCUGACCCAGUGAGCGCUGACCCAGUGAGCGCUGACCCAGUGAGUGCUGACCCAGUGAGCGCUGACCCAGUGAGCGCUGACCCAGUGAGCGCUGACCCAGUGAGCGCUGACCCAGUGAGCGCUGACCCAGUGAGCGCUGACCCAGUGAGCGCUGACCCAUGCGCUGACCCAGUGAGCGCUGACCCAGUGAGCGCUGACCCAGUGAGCGCUGACCCAGUGAGCGCUGACCCAGUGAGCGCUGACCCAGUGAGCGCUGACCCAGUGAGCGCUGACCCAGUGAGCGCAGCCCCAGUGAGCGCUGACCCAGUGAGCGCUGACCCAGUGAGCGCUGACCCUGUGAGCACUGACCCUGUGAGCGCGGACUCCGUGUGCACAUAG